CGAGUCCUGUUGCUCUACACAUUCGUUCGACGCGGCAAUCCAUUGUCGCCGAACGCGGAGAGCUGCGACACUGUUGAUUGGCAGUCAAGCGGUCUACCGUUCGAUCAUCCAAGGGCGCUCAAACCAUCAUCGCUACGAAGGUGCGGUCAGCGACGGGUGAAGUUUGCUUGAAGGUUGCUCUCAGGGAAGCCGUGCCUAUCGCGGCUUCGGGCACAAUAUUGGUGCUACGUCCCUUGUGCUAGGAACGGCGAGAAGGCUGCGUGCCCGAGGAGACGAUGAAGAGGAGACGGUGUCUUUGUCCGGCGAGCCCGGGCGUACCGCACCGCAAGCGCAAUCUAUCCAGACCGCUCCCCAGAGUCGAGGGAGAAGCGCAAAGACAGCCGCCGGGGCCAAGUUCGACGAUAGCCUCAGGCGUUGCUCGCAUCGCCAUCCCAAUUCGGACAAUACUUGGCGGAGAGAACGACUCCAACGACCCCGAAAACCAUCACUGCGGACGGCCAUCAACGAAUAAUCGGACGAUCCUCAUCUGUAGCAAACGUCAGCCGCGUCACUACCAAGACCGUACAGCUAUAGGAAACUGUGCAGCUUCGCAGUCGGAAGCCGUUGCUGCCUGCCGGCGCCACCACCUUACCUGUAUCGACAUUAUCGGGACUGAGCCUACGUCGUGCUGAGCUGGGUAUUUGGAAGAGCAGUGAGGGCCUCCGACGCUAUAUAUCUCAUCGUUAGUCCCACUUACCGACCAUUCCACGGACUUAUUAAUAGG